AUGAAUAAAAUCUUAAUUGCUCUUACUAUUUUAGGACUUUGCGCUGCUGCUAACUUCAAAUGCACUGCUGAAAUGAAGACAGCUAAAUUCUGCACUAGAGAAUAUAUGCCUGUCUGUGGUGUUAAGAUAGCUGAAAAAGGAAGCUCUAAGUACAGUUCUAUUAAGACUACUUAUGCAAACAAGUGCAAUGCUUGUGUUGAAGAAGGAGUUGAAUUUUACGCUGUUGGUAGCUGUGAAGAAUAUCCUAAGGAAGCUAACUUCUGUCACCCAGAUGCUCACUUAGAUUUGGCUUGUACUAGAGAAUUUUUCCCUACUUGUGGUUUAUUUGAUGAUUCUAUAACCUGUACUGAAGGUCCUUGUGGCUCAAACUUCAGCAAUAAGUGCAUGGCCUGCAUCAACGAACACGUCUCUUAUUUCUUGACUGGUUUUUGCCAUCACCAAGAAUAAUAUCAAUAAUGA